AUGGUAGCAUUCGCGCUGGGUUUCGUUGCGGUGCUUGUUGUUCCAGCAGUGGCGGAUUUGUUUCCUGAUUGUAUCAACGGUCCUCUUGUGAACAACACCGUUUGCGACACGACUGCUUUAGUGGAAGACAGAGCAAAGGGGCUGGUGGGCGCUCUGACGGUUGAUGAGAAGUUCAAUCUUACAGGGAACACAUCACCUGGAGUUCCGCGACUAGGGCUCUACAGCUAUCAAUGGUGGCAGGAAGCAUUACAUGGUGUGGCGAGUUCCCCUGGAGUCAACUUCAGUACUUCAGGAAAUUUCUCACAUGCGACCUCAUUCCCGCAGCCCAUUUUAAUGAGUGCGGCUUUUGAUGAUGCAUUGAUCCGGUCAGUGGCCACCGUUGUGAGUACGGAAGCAAGGGCUUUCAACAAUGUGAACCGAAGUGGCUUGGAUUAUUGGACUCCGAACAUUAAUCCUUACAAAGAUCCACGAUGGGGCAGAGGUCAAGAAACUCCAGGAGAGGAUACAUUCCAUCUCAAGUCCUACGUCGCUUCCUUGAUUGACGGCUUGCAAGGGGGUAUCGACCCUCCGAUCAAGAAGGUGGUAGCUACUUGCAAGCACUUUGUGGCAUAUGACCUGGAAGACUGGGAGACGGCUGACCGGUACAACUUCGACGCCAUCGUCUCUACCCAAGAUCUGGCAGAGUACUACAUGCAGCCAUUUCAAACGUGUGCCCGCGAUGCACGUGUCGGGUCUAUCAUGUGUUCAUACAACGCAAUGAAUGGAGCCCCUACUUGUGCGGACCCGUACAUUCUUCAGACUAUUCUGAGAGAGCAUUGGAAUUGGACUGGGGAUGGGCAAUACGUGACUUCGGACUGCGAUGCCAUUCAGAACAUCUACGCGCCUCACUACUAUGCACCGACGAGAGAGCAAGCGGUGGCCGACGCUCUCACCGCUGGCACUGACCUUAAUUGCGGCACAUAUUACCAAACACAUCUCCCGGCAGCUUUUGCUGAGGGCUUGUUUGAUGAAACCGUCAUCGAUCAAGCCAUCAUCCGGCUCUACUCAGCGCUCAUCAAACUGGGAUACUUUGACCCUGCAUCAGCCACCCCGUACCGCUCCCUUAGCUGGUCGGACGUGUCCACGCCAGCAGCAGAAGCGUUGGCACUCAAGGCGGCGGAAGAAGGCAUCGUGCUCAUCAAGAACGAUGGUCUUCUCCCGCUUACCCUACCAUCCGACACCAACACGACAAUCGCCAUCUUGGGCGGCUGGGCCAAUGCCACGACCACCAUGCAGGGCAAUUACUUCGGAAUAGCCCCAUACCUUCAUUCGCCGCUGUACGCACUGCAGCAGCUACCGCACGUGAAUACCAUUUACGGCGGUGGAUUCGGUGUGCCCACUACCGACGGGUGGGAUGAGCUGCUGGGAGCAGCUGGUGAGGCUGACCUUAUCAUUGUCGCGGAUGGAAUCAGCACCAGUGACGAGUCCGAAAGUAAUGACCGAUACACUAUAGAUUGGCCACCGGCAUCGAUCGACUUGAUCAACCAGUUCGCGUCGUUGGCCAAACCGGUCGUGGUUCUGCAGAUGGGCGAUCAGCUCGACAAUACUCCAUUAUUGACCAACCCUAAUAUCUCGGCUAUCGUGUGGGGAGGCUAUCCAGGCAUGUCGGGAGGCGACGCGCUCAUCAACGUGCUUACAGGCAAAGUUGCACCCGCGGGUCGUCUGCCUGUGACACAGUAUCCGGCCGACUACGUCGAUCAGGUGGCGAUGACAGAUAUGAGUCUCCGGCCGAACACCAGCUCAGGAAACCCUGGCCGCACGUACAAAUGGUACGACGGCGCGGUUCUCCCAUUUGGCUAUGGGCUGCAUUAUACCAACUUUAGCGUCUCUGUUGCGGCAGACCAAAGCCAAAACCAGGGCUUUAGGGGCCAGAACCAGACCCGAUCUCCGUCUAGCAGCUCAUAUGACAUCUCCUCACUCGUCUCCAGCUGCGACCGCUCGACAUACGCAUACCUCGACUUAUGUCCCUUCGAGUCGUUCAACGUAACGGUGACCAACACCGGCAGUGUUCCAUCGGAUUUCGUGGCCCUGGGCUUCAUAAGCGGUACUUACGGACCUCAACCCUAUCCGAUCAAACAACUUGUGGCGUAUGAGCGCCUGUUCAAGGUCUCAGGUGGCGCUUCAGCCACAGCUUCUCUGAACCUUACCCUGGGUGGUUUGGCAAGACACGACGAGGCCGGUAAUGCAGUCUUGUAUGCCGGCGACUAUGGCUUGUUGGUCGACGUGCCUACGCAGGCGAUGGUGAACUUUACGUUGACUGGAAGUCAAAUGGUGUUGGAUGAGUGGCCACAACGGCCGGCGAUGGGCUGA